CCGUAGGGGGAGGUUUAUGCAACCUGUGUUGCUCGUAACGCUCCAUUUUAUCGCGAGACGCGUGUUCUGUCAUUACCCGAACGAGACCAUGUUGUGACCUUUGUUUAACUGUCGUCUAUUUAACGAUCCCGAUGACCCGGAAUUAAAAAAAAUCCUUAUCUUUCUCCAUGAAGUAAGAACGCGACAGGAUCGUGGGCCGCGCAACAGAUGUGACGCCGCGAGACACGUUCUUUAUAUUUAGUUGCCCACGAUUUCCUCGGUUGUUCCUUCGUAACGCACACGAUCGCGCGCGCGUUGUACACAUGUGUACACGUCCGUCGGUUCAACGAUCGACCGCGGCUGUGUACCCCGACAGUGACGUAAUAUGGCGCGAACGAAAGUGUACCAGGGACGUCAGUGACAUAGAGUUGUACGUCGACGGGAAUCGCUGAAUGUUUAAACGUUUUGGUCAUAGAUAAGAGCCUUGAACAGCUAUCCACGGUGUCUCGUUCCUAUUUGCGUCCCCUGACGGUGCUAUUCUUUGUUCCCCGCGGUGACUUGCCCGUGGCUCGUGUGCAAAAGCAAGUGCAAGAAAAAAGGAAACGUAGGAUCGUAUUUGCCGACAUAGCCGAGCUUCGUAUCCGGUCCUACGUCUCGAAGGCUCUCUAUACCUGCGAAGUUGAGAACGUCAGGUACCGGCGCGUCGUUCGUGGAGCAAGGAUAGCGAAGCGCAGGAAGAAUUCCUUUGUCCUCGAAGGUACAAGCGUCGAAGGAGGUGGACUCGGAGAACGGAGCCAGCGAAGAGAAGGGAUAGAAGGAAGCGGCACAGCACGCGGUCGAGUUUCGUCCGGGUGUGUGUAUACCUGGCGGAGCGUAAGAUCGGGAUAAAGAGAGACGAAAGGUGUUCCGGUGCAAGACGGACGAGGAAAACGAGCCUCGUGGCAUCGGUGAACGUCCGUCAGCGAGUUGCCAACGCCAAAGGGCAACAACCAACCCGUGAACACAGUGCGGCGUGCUGUUAACCAAGGCCAGGUCGGCAGCCACGUUUCACGCGCUGGCUCCAACUGCUCCUUUCAACGAUUCAAAUUUUCCUCCACGUGCGCGCGUUAUGAUCGUUGAUUAGCGUCGAUUGUCCCGUUACCCACAUUUUGUUCGAGUGUUUCGUAUUUCGUGAUCGAGGAUGCGACGAGCAAGAUUACCGGAUGCCAUGUUGCUGUUCGUCAGAGCAGCUGUUCUCGCAGCUGUCUUGGGACUCAUCCUAGGACCCAGCCAGGCGAGCAGACCCGCCGGCUCUCAUCCUGGACACGCUUAUUUCGAGCAACCUUGUUGCGGACGAUCGCAUCUCAGGCAUCACAAAGACCACGUGAGGGAAUUCAGCUGCGGAAUGCUGUAUUACAGAACGCUGUAUCUGGACAGUAAGAGGGAUGCUCUAUACGUUGGCGCCAUGGAUAAGGUGUUUAGGCUGAAUCUUAGCAACAUCAGUCACUCGAACUGUGAGAGGGACGCGCUUAACUUGGAACCUAGCAACGUGGCCAAUUGUGUGUCCAAAGGAAAAUCAGAGCACUUCGACUGCCGGAAUCAUAUAAGGGUGAUCCAACCUAUGGGGGAUGGCAAUCGGCUCUACAUGUGUGGCACGAACGCUCACUCGCCCAAGGAUUGGGUGAUUUAUAGCAAUUUGACCCACUUACCCCGUCACGAGUUCGUCCCGGGCGUUGGAAUGGGCAUAGCAAAGUGUCCUUACGAUCCGGCGGACAAUUCGACGGCGGUCUGGGUAGAAAAGGGCAAUCCUGGGGACCUGCCAGCUCUUUAUUCCGGCACCAAUGCCGAAUUCACGAAAGCCGAUACCGUAAUCUUUCGUACGGACCUCUACAAUUUAACCACCGGUCGCAAGGCCUUCAGCUUUAAGAGGACGCUGAAGUACGACUCGAAAUGGCUGGACAAACCGAAUUUCGUGGGAUCUUACGACAUCGGUAUCCACGUGUUCUUCUUCUUCCGUGAGACAGCGGUGGAGUACAUAAAUUGCGGCAAAAGUGUGUAUUCCCGUGUGGCGAGAGUUUGCAAACGGGACACAGGCGGUAAAAACAUCCUGUCGCAGAAUUGGUCGACUUACUUGAAGGCCAGGUUGAAUUGUUCCAUACCUGGAGAGUUUCCGUUCUACUUCAACGAAAUACAGAGUAUUUACAAGGUACCAGGUGACGAUACCCAUUUCUACGGCACCUUCACCACUUCCACGAAUGGAUUAAUGGGUUCAGCGAUCUGCUCGUUCCACAUCGAUGCGAUUCAAGAAGCGUUCCGUGGAAAAUUCAAAGAGCAGGCAACGAGUAGUAGCGCCUGGCUGCCUGUACUGUCCAACAAAGUUCCUGAUCCACGACCUGGACAAUGCGUGAACGACACCGAAACGUUCCCAGACACUGUGCUGAAUUUUAUUCGCUCCCAUCCUUUGAUGGACUCUGCGAUCUCGCACGAGAACGAGAAACCUGUAUUUUAUAAACGGGACGUGAUGCUCACGCGGUUGGUGGUGGACAAACUGAAAAUCGAUUUUGUGGGGCUCGAUUUGGAAUACACCGUUUACUAUGCUGGAUCCAGUGACGGACGGGUACACAAAGUUGUUCAAUGGAUAGACAACAAUGGCGAGUCCCAGUCUAUCCUGUUGGAUGUUUUUGACGUGACACCGGGUGAGCCGAUUCAAGCGAUGGAGAUCUCGAAGGAGCACAAGGCUCUCUACGUCGCGUCUGAUCAUCGAAUAAAGCAGAUCGACCUGGUGAUGUGCACUCGCAGAUACGACAACUGCCUCCGAUGUGUUCACGAUCCUUAUUGUGGAUGGGACAAGGACACCAACACGUGCAAACCUUACGAACCUGGACUUCUCCAGGACGUGUCAAACAGUACGGCGGACGUUUGCGACAGCAGUGUAGGUAAACGGAAGCUGGUAGUCACCUGGGGCCAGUCGGUACAUUUGGGUUGUUUCGUGAAAAUGCCGGAAGUACUGGCGAAUCAGGAAGUCAGGUGGUAUCAUUAUAGCAAGGAGAAAGGCAGGUAUCAGAUAGCUUACAAGUACGGUGCCGGUGGGGACAAGUUCAUCGAGACGUCCGAGAAAGGUCUGGUGAUCGUCGGUGUGAAUGAACAAGAUGCCGGAAGAUACGAUUGUUGGCUGGGUGGUUCUCUACUUUGUUCGUACAACAUCACCGUGGACGCGCACAGAUGUUCCGCACCCGCCAAAUCCAACGAUUACCAGAAGAUCUACUCGGAUUGGUGCCACGAAUUCGAGAAAUACAAGUCUGCCAUGAAAAGCUGGGAGAGAAAACAAGCGCAAUGCGCCUCGAGGCAGAACGACAGUAAUCAAAAUCACCUGAACGAGGUGUACGGAACUCCUCUGGUCUGAUGGAGUCGUUCGUUGGAGCCCUCGUCGAGCCGAGACCCCGACACGAUGCCACACGCAAGCGUCCUGCCGAUGAAUCGCGGUCCAUCCACGAUCAGUUGGACGAGCCUCACUCUCCUUCUGACCGGUUACACCACUGCCUUUGUCCUUCUUGCUGCCGACGAGUUCUCGAUCGAUUGAGAUCCACGUCCGUACCAAGAAACCGGCAAACCGAACGUCCAAUACGCGACCGGUCGUUCGGUCAACUCGAUCGGUCGGACGAGCCUCGUCCUGAUUGGUCCGAUCUUCGCCAUCGAACAUUUGCUUUCAAGGCAACCUUGAAGAUUCAGUAAAUGAUCCGAUCAUGAGUGGAACGGGAGCGUCGCGACGCGCGGUCGCACCGUCGCCAUCAUUCGAGUUAUUUGCGACGGUAAUCGGCACGGUAGGAUUCCUUUGGGAUUAUCGCCAUAUCAGAGGCUUUAAGGUUUCGCAUUAUUUUUGAAUUGUCGGUUUCAAGAUUAGGGUACCAGUUUCAAGGUUCUUAGUGGUUCAAGAUUUUGGAAUUGGUAGUGCUUUUUGGGUUCUUAAAUUCUUCAUGAUUACACAUUUCUAUGCUUCUAAAAUAUCAGGUGUCCAUAUUUUUCGGGCUCUAAAUUCAUAGUUUGAAAUCACUCGAGUUUUCAACCUCUGAGUUCAAAAAUUCAGUCACUAAAAGUGUACAGCUAUGACUUUACAAAUCCAGUCACUCAAAUUUUCAACCUCAGAAAAGACACAUGUGUUGCUUCUGUGACAUUGUAAACCUUGAAGUGUUAUAUCGAAUAAUAAGAGGAAUAUGGGAAUUUUCCCGACGAGAUCCUACCAUGCUCGAUACUGUACAUAUUCUACUAAUAGUGCGACCAGAACAAAGUGUCCGUUUUGAUUUGUCUAUUCUCGAGCUGCCCCGAAGAUUGUCCACCCUUGUAAAUAUGUACAAGCACGCAGUAAGAGUGAAGCGAAUUAACGACGAUCGAUUGAUGGCGAUUGGCAGCGAUGGCAUUUGCCAGGUGGGAAAAGUGCGCUUAAACGCGACUGUAAGGGCAAAACUGAGCGGACGGUUCGGCGAUACGGUUCCUAAGGUUUCGUUUCUCGCAGGAUGCAGCCCGUUCUUCGGCGGAAACGUACGAUACGUUGGUCGAUAAUCGAAACGCGGCUCGAAUCGAGGCGUCCGUCCGCGAAGCAACCCGUUAGAAACCGGAAAUCAAUCCUCCUGUUUCCUUAGAUCUGUGAUACGAACGAGACGAAGCGAUCCAUCGAGUGGCAAGGUUGCACGGGAAGAGGGCAAGAAUCAGAAGAUUAGAUAUUGUACGGACGAGCUUCAGCGUAGUUUAACGAGCCAGAAAACGAGUAAAUACUUCUGCGCUCGUGUGUAUGCGUAUAUCGAUUCGAUGUGCAGGAGAAAGAGAGAGGGAGAGAAUGAAAGACGCCACGUCGACGCGUUUUCGAACGUCACGCAGGUUACACAUGAGAUUAUUUCACGGAUAAUUUAGGUCCACUUAGAUACUUUAGCUUCUCGUGUAAGUUGUCGAUAUGUACCGACUUGCAUGGAUAUCCGUCAUCGGACUGCAUUUAGUUUUUUUUUUAUUCCUUUUUUUAUUUUGCCGAUGUCUUUGUUCCUUAUAGUGUAGAUAGGCUAAUGUGAUUGUGACUCUCUUGCAGCGUUUUACAACGGAACAUCUUUAAAUUGAUACAAGUUUUCAAUCAGUGCGGUAUGUCAUGGACAUUUGGACAUUUGAGAACUUAAAACGAGUCUGCAAAUUUGUACAUUUUCAGAUUCUCAAAUUUGCAAAUGAUUAAUUUGUCAGAUUAAGAACACUCUUCAAGUUGUAAGACACUAGUCCCCACAAUGUACAGCAUUGAUUUUAUUUUUGACGUAAAAAUUUGACGUCCUUUAUACACUCUUCUUCACUGAUAUUUUGUACAUAUGAACAUUUCAAAUUAUAUUCUGUCACUUAUCAAACUAACUCACGUCAGCAAUGGAAGUUAUUGCACAUAAUAUUUGUGAAGCAAAAUGCAUACACGAAGAAUACGAAUUCCAAUUUCAAUCAUAUUUGCAAUUCAAAGUACGCUGCAGUUCAAAGAUGUUCCAACGUGUAUGGCUGUGACAGAGCUCUCGUUCACGAAUAUUCUAUACAUCCUAUAUCGCUAUUAUCAUUAUCAACGUGGAGAACUCCGAAGGUGCUACACAGGUGUGUUGAAAAUCGGUAAGGCCUGUAAAUCGUAAAAGCCACUUUACGCUCUUCGAGCUUACGUUCAGAUGCACUUACGUUAGGAAUACAUAGGCGAGUAAACCGCGCGAAUUCGUUCUCGCCAGAUGCUGAAGAUUCGAGCGGGAAAUCCUUUCAUAUAUACCUCUGAGCCUAGAAUAGAUUAACUCCCUCGUUUGCUCGAGAAUUUUCGCCAGAUCGGAUCGGGUCUCGAUCCAGCGAAAUCGUGAAGCAAACUAGUAUGAAUCGCGGGUCAAUCGGACAGACGAUCGAUCAGAGACAGUUUCAAUAUCGGCGAACAUCGUCGACUAUUUAUAAUCACGAAUGUACAGGUCGAGUUAAAAAUCGAGGUUUCAAACUGUUCAUAAUACUCAUUGAAAGAUAUACAAAUUGUCAACGUAGAUAAAUUCAAUGAUGAAAUAUACGACAAAUUUCUGGGAGUGCAAAAGUGGAUAUUUUUAUAUCAGUGGAUCCACUGAUAGUACGUUUACAUUCAUUAAACAAUCUUCGUUAAUAUUAUCAAUAAUCUGGUACUGUUUAAUCUUUAAUUGUUAAAUGAAUCUCCUCUCAUUCGAUCUACGAUACUUGUGAAUACAAAAAUGGAAGUAUGAAUAAAAUUUUUAGGUUAUGUCGAUCAGCCAUUUUGUCCACUCGGUGAGUACUAUGGAUUAAACGUUUGGACUCCAGUUUUGAAGCACCCUGUAUUUUAGGCAGCGUACAGCUCAUACAAGUUUUUCUUCAAUCAAGAAUGUUAUUGUCUUGUUCUGAGUUUCACCGUAACGCGACUCGUGUCAGCGUUCUGUGUUCGUUUCUCUUCCGGUUCGGGAACGUUCGUGUGUACAUAGGAUGGUCAUAGUGCAUGGUAUUUUUAUAAAAAAUUCUCUUCGGAACGAUGCAACCGUAGAUGCGAGGAAUAUAAUGUUUCCUGCUCUCCGCGACUGCUUUCCUUUCAUAUUACUUUUUUUUACAUUUUUUAACUUUCGUCCUUUAUCGUAUACGCGUAGAAUUAGUUUUAUUUUACUUUUAACGUAGAACCGAGAUUACCUAGAAAGACGCAUAUCGAUCGUUUUCGGUGAUCGCGAGUGCUUCUACCAACGGAAAUGGAUGCUUACCGGUGCUGUAUUAAACAAUCCGUGGAACGGUCGCUGUUUCCUGUAUACCCAGUUCUCGUCGUCGUUGAAGUGUACGCUCGAUAUAAGCUUCUUUUGGAUAAGGCGAGGGUUUGCUUUCAAUUUUGGGGGUUAAAUGAACUUUGAAUGUUUCUGAUUUUCGAAAGUAAUUUUUGUGUUUUAAUAGGUUUUAUAUAAGGUGUUUUUACAGAUAUUUAGAUUGUGACAUUCUCAAAUUGGGUAAUUGUACAAGUUUCGAGUCCUCAAGUUCUUUAAAUUUCAAAUCAAUAAAAUUGCAAAUACCUAAAUUACUAAAUUUUUAAUUCUGAAGUUCGCAAUCUUCAGAAAGUCAGAUUCCCAAUUUCAAAAAUUUCAGAAAUUCUUAAUGUUGAAAUUUCUAAGUUAAAUUCCUAACUAGA